AUGGGUUCCUACGAUAGAGCUCUCAGCGUCUUCAGUCCCGACGGCCACGUCUUCCAAGUCGAAUACGCCCUCGAAGCCGUCAAACGCGGCACCUGCGCCGUCGGCGUCAAAGGCGCCUCCAUCGUGGUCCUCGGCUGCGAGAAGCGCUCCGCAAUGAAGCUGCAGGACACCCGCAUCACGCCCUCCAAGAUCGGCCUCGUCGACAACCACGUCUGCCUCGCCUUUGCCGGCCUCAACGCGGAUGCUAGAAUCCUCGUUGACCGCGCCCGCCUGGAGGCCCAGAGUCAUCGUUUGACUGUAGAGGACCCGGUGACUAUCGAGUACAUCACAAAGUAUGUGGCGGGCGUGCAGCAGCGCUAUACGCAGAGUGGGGGCGUGAGGCCGUUUGGGAUUAGUACGCUCAUUAUUGGGUUUGAUCCGAAUGAUAAGGUGCCGAGGUUGUAUCAGACGGAGCCGAGUGGGAUUUAUAGUGCUUGGAAGGCAAACGCAAUCGGCCGCUCCUCAAAGACGGUGCGCGAGUUCCUGGAGCGCAACUACAAGGAAGACAUGGACCGCGAGGAGACCAUCAAGUUGACUGUCAAGUCGCUCCUUGAGGUUGUCCAGACGGGCGCAAAGAACAUUGAGAUUGCAAUCAUGGAGCCUGGGAAGGAGAUGGAGAUGAUGUCGGUCGAGGCGAUCGAGACUUACGUCAAGGACAUCGAGAAGGAAAAGCAGGAGGAGGCGGCCCGGAAAAAGACCCGUGGGGGCGGAAGCGGCGGACAGGCGGGUGGUGCGACGUCGGCGUCGUCGUCGUAG